GUUGUAUCUUUUUUCGUGCAUCGCUCAGAGCAUCACUCAUUGCAACCGCUCGGCUCCGCACAUGUCGCCACCACUGCAGCGAGAGAGCUGUCACGAUCUCGUGGACGAACGGCGUCUUAUCGCCCGAGCCAUGGAGAGAGGUGCGACCGUCGAGACUUCAGGGCAGCACCAGAAUCCACCAGCAGCAGUCAGCGAAGGCAGCUACGGCGCGGGAAAGAUGAGCCAAGGCGACCAUCUGAGUAGUACUAUUGGCUGCCUCCAGCCAGGCGUUGCGCUUCUUCUUGCGUCCCUCGACCCACUCGCCGUGACUACCGCUCGACGUCUCCCCGUUAGUAGACGCAGACCAGCAGACCGCCAGACGAAGCAGCAGCAUACGCGAUCCUGGAUCCCACAGCACGUGCACCAGUCGCCCUGUAAAGCAGCCUGCAAGCCGACAGUAUUCUAUCCAUCGGUACUAUAAGUAGUGUCAGCUCCGUAUCCGUCACUCGAGUGACUUAUGUACAGCCCCCUCACUUCUCCAGCUACAGUCUGAGCGCGUGUAUAUUCCGACGUAGCCCCCCCUGCUGUAGCCGCGCGGUUCCGUCGGGGAUGCGACCUGAACAUCGGGACUGACGCGUGGCGUCGCGAAGAGCCGAUUCUUCUGAAAGCGAACUGCGCAGACUCCGCGAAAUCGGAUUCGAGAAAGCGGCGUGCUUCGUUUUUUCUCGGGAAACCCUAACUUCCGUCUCAGUCGCAGGCUACGCUCAGCUUUACGAGACUGAAACGCGGAUUUCCGUCCGCGUUUCUCAACGAGACUUCCGUCCUUUUCUGGCUGUCAGAUGCGUGGUCGCGUAGUGGACCAGAAGCACAGCGGCGUUCAUUCGUAGCGCCAUAUCCCCUCCGUCCUCACGGCCGGUGACGUGAGAGCGGCGGACUGAGAGGCAUCAUGGCGGAGGCGGUGGUGAUCGUGCGCAACCGCAAGAAGGAGGAGGAGCACGCGGCGUCGCUGACGCGCUCCACCAGCCUCCUGGAGGACAAGUUCUCCGCCUACGAGCGCGCCAACCACCAGAUGUGGGCGCGCUCCGCCUCCACCGCUGGUCCAAGUCACGACCUUCCUCGCCCAAUUCACGGGCUUCCGCUCGUGCGGCCCUGGCGGGAGAGGAAGGCGGGCGGAAAGAAGCGCGGACAGCGGGAGCGGAACGGUGAGAGGGCCAGCGGAAGCCCCGGAGAGCCUGGGCAAAAUGGGGGAAGCAGCGACGACGGGGGAAGCUGCGGGGAUUUCUGGUGGGGCGGAAGCAGAAGGCGGAGAGCUACGGAGGGUGUGGGGGCGGAGCGCAUGAGCGACGGGGAAGCGGAAGAGAGCGGGGGAGAGCGACGCAUUGACGCGACGAGUGGCAGUAGUAGCGCGAGUGGGAGUAGUAGCAGCUCGGUACCGACCGGCAACGAGGGGGGUUGCGGAGACAGGAAGCGGGAAGCGGCCGUAGCCACGAAGCUGCAGGGACGGAGCUUGCACGAGGACGACGAUAAUAGCGACGGGGACAGUAACGAGGGCGACUAUAUCGGGGAUGAGGCGGAAGAGCUGGCGGGGCUGAAGGGGCUGGCGGCGGAGGAAGCAGAAGGGGAGGCGGAGGGCGACGAGGCGAUCUUCGACGACGAGCUGGAGGAGAUCGACAGGGAGGUCGUGCAAGACGUGUUUGACCGCGUGAGCUUCCUGCGGCAGCAGGUGCAGCACUACCGCGCGCUGGGCGGUUUCCUGCUGCUGAUGGCGCUCUUCGUCACCAUCGUGUAUCUCCAGGCCGACUCCUCCCGCAGCUACCAAGUCACCGCCGCACACUCCGUCCUCAUCCCCACUAAUUUUGCGGCGGAUUCGUCCAACCGGUUCUCAGGAGCGGGCGAGUUCUACUCAUGGCUGAAUGAGAGCAUCAUCCAGCAGUUCUGGCAGGACCCCCCAUGUGGAGACGGCACAUGCGACCAGCCCUUUGAGUUCCCGGCGUUCGGUCGGUUCGGCUGCGAGGCGGACUGCGGCACGUUCCCCAACCUGACGGCCGUCUCCAUCCACUUCACCACGUCCUUCACCUCCGCGGAGGCCCUGGCUGCGGCCUCGUGGAACCUGUGCAUGCAGAGCCCCAUCUCGCUAUGCUGGCACGCGCUCCCACAGCCCUUCCCCGCGCAGCAGGCGCAGUUCUCACUCGCGCUCGACAUCCCCGAUGGCGACUGGGCGCUGCUGCUCACGGCGCCCAUGGGCGGCGUGCAGGGCGUGCUGCAGGCGCAGAAGCCGGGCGUGGCUCGCCUGGCGGCGGGGGGAAUGACGAACCUGGGGUCGUCUAAUAGCGUUACGAUCGCCACGUUUGGCGGGUGCGCGGAUGGCGAGGGGUUCGGGUGGGCGAAUGUGUCGGCGCAAGCAGAGGCAGAGGCGCUGGACACGUGCAGGGAGGCGUGUGAGUUGGUGGCGGGGUGUCUGCAGUCGGCGUGUGGGCGGGAGGUGGCAGCAAGGGAGGUGGCCGGGGCGUUUGUGGACUGCGUCAAGAUCUGCCGAGCCGCGCCAGCCACCGUCCUGCCAUACGACAGCCUGUCAUGUGUUCAGAUUGCUGCAGAGGCCACGACCGUCUUCCCCAACUCCAUGUGCACAGACAAGGCGUCAUCUGCCCGCCGGAACGCAAGGGACGACACUCAUGGAAGGAGCACUCAUGGGCGUGGGCACGAGCACGAGCAUGCGUAUGGUUCACCCCAUGCUCGAGGGCUGACAGAGAGGGCGCAUGGGAGGAGGCAGCGCUUCCACCACAGCCAGCUGGCUGGUGCUGGUGCUGGUGCUGAUGUGCAUAUUGCAGCUUCAGCGGCUUCAGAGGCAGCAGCAGCUGCCGCACAUGGCAGCUACAGUGAGCAUCUCAACCAUGCUUCUCCGCACCAUGCCUCGUCACACCAUUCAUCGUCUUACCAUGCCUCGACUUACCAUGCCUCGUCAUAUCAUGGCAAGGAGCACCAGUAUCAUGCACACGCAGCCCACAAUCCGCACGGCUCAGUUGACUACCACAGCCAUGCCGCCAUGCAUGCGCUGACUGCCUCUGCAGCAGCAGCCACGGAACAGGCAGCAGUGGGAGCAGUGGGAGUGGGAGGAGACAGCAUGGUGCAGGCAGCUGAUCUAUCUGAAGAAAGCCUUGACCUCCCCCAUCUCUCCACCGCCCCCAACGUGUGGACUCUCCUGGGCUCCACAGACUCGCAGCGAAUCAGGAACCUGCAGGUGGCGGUGUCGCGCACGCUCUACACGAUGAUCAAGGACUCGUGCCUGGCGGGCCCCUACGCCAUGACGCUCACCGAGACGUACCGCCGCAAGUUCACCGCCUUCCUCUGCACCAUCUCCGGCGGGCCCGCCGACAGGCUGGAGCUCUGCCGCUUCCGCAACUCCACGGGGCACCAGCUGCAGCGUCCAGACGAGCUGUUUAGGCACCUUAGGAAGGUGCACCUGGGCGGGCACCUGGUGAUCACGUCCCAGCAGCUGCGGCGCUUCAUCGACAUCCUGCUGGCAGCCAUGCAGUCCGUCACAGCCGUCUCCCCCGACGCCGUGGUGGAGCUGUCCGCGUUCUUCCACCGCCUGGACCCCGCCAUCGUCAGCACCAGCGCUGAAGGGUGCUCGCAGGGCGGCACGUGGCUGCAGUGGCGCGCGGGGGUGAAGCACAACACGACCAUCCAUGUGGGGGACAAGGUCACAUGGGUGUGGGAUGACGACCUCCCGCACUCCCUCAGGAUAUCUGGCAUGGGCGACGGGCCGAAGCCAUUCUUUGAGGGGUUUGGGGGCCACCGCCUGGCGCUGUCGCGGCGGUUCUUUUGCUCGCCCAUGAACGUGGGCGCCAAGGACGACUACGACGACCCCGUGCCCUGUGUUGUCAAUCUGGCGUCGGACGUGAACGCCACGUUCACGUACACCAAGGUCUUCUCCCAGCCGGGCAUCUACCUCUAUGAGAGCGGCGGCGCGGACGUCGGGGAGAUUGCCGACACCGGCUCCUCCUCCACCUCUUCAUCGCCGACCUCUUCUGCCUCCUCCUCCUCCUCGUCCGCCUCUUCCAUGUCUGGAAUGAUCACUGUGCUCCAGCCGCUUCCCGAACCCCAGGACAAGGCGUUCCACUGCUCGCCGAGCUGCUCCCUGCAGCUGCUGGGCAAUGGCGUGUGCAACCCCGUCUGCAACACGCCCGCCUGCGCCUUCGACGGCGGCGACUGCGGCUGCAUUGACCCCGUCUUUGGCGUUGGCUACUGCUCCUGCCCCGCCGGCCAGGCCAGGCGGCACGAUGGAUCGUGCUGUGUGUCGAACGCGGUGGGCGCCAACCUCAACUACCCCUUCUCGUUGAAGCGCUACGGCAGCAACUACUCGGAGAGCAACCGCGCCUUCGCUGCUGAGAGGAACGCCCCGCUCACUAGAUUCGUGGCGUCGCACAACAGGCUGCUCAUCGGCAUGUUCCUCUAUCAGAGCCGCUGGAGCGUCAAGACGUGCCAAGGCUCCGGCCUCCACCACCUGGCGGGGUGGUGCGCCAACGGAGAAUCCCGGCAGCCGUUCGGGGUGAACCCGCACUACCUGUCGUCCUCCACGCUCUACAACCCCGUGGCCGCCGCCGCGCCCGACCAGCCUGGCAGCGCCUCGAACGACCAGGCGGGCACCAACGCCUCCAUCCACGAGCAGCUGGCGCUCAACCCGCAGGGGCUGCCCUACGGCUUCGAGUACCCCGUGGACGGGGAGCAGGGCUACCCGCUGGUGUUUGACAUCAACCUGGCGUAUGAGGAUGCCAUGAGCCGCCUGCAGUACCUCGUGGAUGGCUUCUACAUCGACAACGCCACAAGGAGUGUUGAAGUCUCCUUCAUCACGCACAACGGCGAGAGCAACACCUUUGUGCUCACGCGCAUCACAGCGGUGGUCGACACGGGCGGCGGUCUCGUCACCUCCUUCUCCUCGCUCUCCCUCACCGCCGCCCUCUACCCCGCCUCGCUUGCCUCCAUCUUCCUCCUGCUGCUGCAAGCACUGUACGUGGUGGCGCUGGUGUGGAACGGGGUGGAGGAGGCGGUGGAGCUGCGGGGGCGCGUGCGGAGGGAGGGGUCGGUGCUGAGCUACCUGCACUCGGGCUGGAACUGGAUCGACAUGGCCUCUCUCCUGCUGCAGGCGCUCGCGCUCGCCACCUGGGUUGUGCUGUGGCGGUCCGCAGAGUCGUUUGAGCUGCAGCCGCGCUACGACAUCUACUACACGCUGCUGGAGAUGCCCAGAUACUGGGCCGUGCCGGACCCGCCCACAGGGUUCCUGGCGGCCAUGCAGCAGUACUCGGCUCUUCAGAACCUCAUCAACUGGCGCUCCUUCUACUUCGCCCUGCAGGGCGUUAAUCUCUUCCUGCUCAUGGUGCGCCUGCUCAAGCUGAUGGACUUCCAGCCCUACCUGGGCGUCAUCACGCGCUCGCUCGCCCUCGCCAUGCCCUCACUGCUGCACUUCUUCCUGCUCGCCUUCAUCGUCUUCUUCUGCUUCAGCAUGUACGGCUACCUCGUCUUUGGCCGCGUGAUGGAGCAGUUCUCGACCCUGCCCGAGUCGCUGUUCACGUGCUUCCUGAUCAUUCUGAACGAGAACGCGACGGCGUACUUCUUUGAGCGCAUGCACGGGUGGGACCUGGUGGCGGGCAUGCUCUUCUUUGUCGCCUUCAUUCUGCUGCUCGUCUUCAUCCUCUUCAACUUCCUCAUCGCCAUCAUUGUCGACGCCUUCAUGACCAUCAAGGACUCGCACACGGUGGCCACGUCCAUAUCACACGACAUCGGCACCAUCAUGCGCUACCUCUUCAACCGCGCGCUCGGCCGCUUCUCCUCGUACGGCCAGAUCAUGACCCACCUGGAGCAGCUAGGCGCGCGCGACAAGCUGGAGGACGAGGCACACAAGCGCAUGCGGCGCUACCAGUCCUUCAAGCGCCGCGCCAAGUCGUGCAUUGGGAACAGUGUGGCAUGCAGCCGGCUGUGCGGGGCGAGCACGGAGGAGGUGGAGCGCGCCAAGACCAUGGCGGGUGGGGCCGAGGUGCUGGCAGUGCAGCAGAGGGUGCUGCAGGUGAAGGGGCAGAGCAUCGAUGACAUCUCCCUCGCCAUGAUCCUGCAGCGACGCAGAGAGAGAGAGACGCACUCCCAGAAGCACUCAACCCCGCUGCCCUCGCCCUCGUCUGCCUCCGUGCUGCAAGUAUCUCCGGACUCGGAGCACCUCUCCCACCUGCUGCUGCGGCAGUUUGGCGAGCACGUGGUGCGCGACCACAGUGUGCGCCCGCACAAGCCCAAGCACGGGCUGCCGCAGGUGCAGGAGGAGCUCGCGCGCAUGCGCGAGUCCAUGGACGAGCUUAAAGCCAUGGUGUUCGCGCUGCACUCUGCCAUGGCUGGGGGCGGAGGUGGAGUAGGAGGGGGGUUUGGGGGGGGUGGUGUGCUUUCUCCCAGCGCUGCUGGUGCUGGCGUGGCACCAGGUUUUGGAGGCACAGCCGGCACGGCCACAGGGGCAGCAGCGGCGCAUCACCCAUUGUUCGCAGCAUCGUCAUCGGCGGCAGCGGCACUGGCGCAUGCGUCCUUCAGCACCACGUCGUCCUUCUCCUCCGCCUACGGCUCCUUCGCCUCGCCCAACUCCCUGGGCACGCCCCUCGGGACCUCCCCUGCCAGAGACCCCUUCUCUGGCGCUGCUGCUCCCUCCCUCCCUGCCACCACGGCAUUCGCUCGUAACCCAUUCGCUGCUGGUAACCCGCUCAUCGCCAGUAACCCUUUUGCUGCUAGUAACCCGUUUGCUGCGGGUAGCCCGUUUGGCACAGGCAGUCCACAGCGUCGGUCGCUGGUGCUGCAGCAGGGGGCAGUGCGGCGGGGCGCAAGUGCGGGCCGUGCGGGGCUGAGAGCAGGCACGGGGCCCAGCAACCUGGGGCCCAACACGCGGCAAGGGAAUGGGCUCGUGCUGUCGCGCAUGGAAACCACUCCGCUGCCCCGACGGCAAGACACGUGGCACAGACACGACGAUGCGGUGGCGGGUAGUCGUGGUGGUUCCACUGUGUACCCCCAUGCUGAUAGCUUGCCUCUGCCUGCUGCUGCCAGUGCAGCGUUGAUUCAUGCCGAUACCAUGCCCAUGCCCCAUGCCCGAGGCACUUCCUUUCCGCAUAUGGAUUCCGAGCCUCAGGAGGCACGGGUAGGCUUGGUGCAGGCUUCUGGGGGUAGCGAUGGUGGCAGUGCUGAUGGUGACCAUGCUGGUGGUGGGCAGAGUGAUGAGCUGUCACCGCUGACGAGGGCAGCGCAGCGCGUGUCGCUGUCAUCGGAGGAGGGUGAGGAGGGGGGAAGGAUGAUGAAGAGAGGUGGCAGUGGCGGAAGUGGGGGAGGUGGAAGCAAGGGCUCGGUGCGGAAGAGUGUGGGGUUCAAGGAGUAGAUGGGAGGGACGAGUGGCACUCUUACAGCUGGUUUGGAUCAUUCACAGAAUCGGAACGGUGGACAUGAAAAUCUCGAGUUGGACUGUGACAUAAGGAUUGGUGCUGCCGCGUGUAGCUGUGGAGGUCGUGGCUGGGGCGAACCAGUCUAGCAAGCAUUGCAAAAGUUCUGACAGCCAAGCGUGCUGCUUGGUCGCGGGUACGUUCGGGGCGGUUGCGCGCCACCAUGCGCUCUGUAACUUGUGGUGGAGGCCCUGUUUUCAUUAUGCAUGUAAAUGCUCCCUGCCAUGCGUUACAUUUGUGGUUCUCUGAAAGCAAUAAAUCAUUGUAAGUUCGUGUUGUAUUUUGAUGUGGUAAUGUGCCCGACGAUUUCCUCGGUUGCUAACUAGAAAAUACUCAUGCUUACCUGGAUCAACCCAUACGGGA